AUUAAAAAAAACCCAAAAUUUAUCAUCCCUUCGUUUCCACCCAAAAACCCUCUAUGAUAAUUCAUAUACCCAAACCCACUUUCUCUCUCUAUUAGCACCAACCCUUCCUUCCCUUUGCUAUUUCUGAGAAAUCUCUUUCACUUCUCUCUAUCCGAAAAUGGAGUCUCUUGACCCAGCAGCCUGCUUCAUCAUGGACGACCUACUGGACUUUGCCUCCGACAUAGGAGAGAGAGACGAUGAUGAACACAGCAACAAACCCACAAAGGCCUUUCCUCCCCUUAACCCUUCACCUAAUGGACUUGCCGUUGCCCCGCUUCCUUUUGAUGUUUUCGACCACCCAGAUCCUUCACCUGAAUUUGCGGAGGAAGAGCUCGAAUGGUUAUCAAACAAAGACGCCUUUCCGGCUGUGGAAACAUUCGUCGACAUUAUAUCGGAGAACCCAGGUGGUCUCCCGAAGCAGCGGAGCCCAGUAUCGGUGCUGGAGAACAGCACCACAAGCAGCACCAGCAACAGCGGGAAUAGUGGCACAAAUGGUAGUAUUACCAUGGAUUACUGCUGGAGUCUCCAGGUACCAGUCAAGGCCAGGAGCAAGCAUCAUCGAAGCCGCCGCCGCGACCUCCAAGGCCAGCAGUGUUGGUGGAGCUUGGAGAAUUUGAGGAAAGUGAAACCAGCCGUAACAUCGUCGACAAUGGGAAGAAAGUGUCAGCACUGCGGUGCUGAAAAGACCCCUCAAUGGCGGGCGGGGCCCCUAGGGCCUAAAACCUUGUGCAAUGCGUGUGGAGUGAGGUAUAAAUCAGGGCGACUGGUGCCCGAGUACCGGCCCGCUAGUAGCCCGACAUUCCGCAGUGAAUUGCAUUCAAAUUCGCAUAGGAAAGUCAUGGAGAUGAGGAAGCAGAAGCUGAUUAUGGGAUCGAUGGUUGUGAAAGCUAUGGAGAAAGGAUGAUGGCGUUGAAGGAAAAUAAGGAAUUGUGGUUGAGGGAUUUGGGGAUAGAAUUUUUUGUUUGGUUGAGAAUUGAGAAGUAGUGGUUGUGAUGUUUCAUUACUUUGAGCUAGCCAACUCAUUUUCUUAUGGAUAGUGGCAAUCUUGGUGAAUGGUGAGCUGUAACACAAAUCCAAACUCGGUUGUUGGGGGUAAAGUCAUAUGUUAAAAUUCUUUGCUUGGGUGAAUGAAAAAGUUUCAGCUUUUCAUCACAUAUGAACACAAUCCAAAGAUGUUGGUUUCUGAAUUGUGAUGGAAGGGCAUGAGGAAGAAGUAUUUGCAUGGAGGAAUAAACUGGUGAUAUUACAGGGUUACAGUAGUUUUGUCUGCAUCUCUCGGGGUUAGGGAGAAUUGGGUGUUCUGAGCCAAUGAAAGCAACAUGAAAUGUGUUUUACAGACAGGUAAACAAAACUACUAAAAAUUCCCUGCUUUGGAAUUGGAGGUUUUUAUUACAGCAGAUGGUGGUCCUCACUGUCUGUCCGUAGGUUCUGCCUGUUAAGUACCACUUUGCCUUUGUUGAAAUACAGAUUUUUCAGUUGGAAAAUGCUUGAUUUAAGAGGUCUUCCUAUCUCACCCUCUGCAUUGUGGACCCAUUUAGGGCAAAGAGCAUUUGAGGGUAAUUUGUGGGUUUUUGAGUCCGUUUAGUUUAUUAGAUUAAAAGAGUCAUAAUUGCCUGAUGUAACUAAUGUAUGAAAAAUCAGAGAAGUUUAGAACGUUAAGCAAUCAAUAAUCUUGACAGGUAGGUUUGAAAAAUUGAAAGGGUCCCUCCCCUGUAGUCUGGCAUUGAUUGACCAUAAAUAAUCCCAUGGAGCAACUGUGAUAAUGAGGUGCUAUUCUUGGUGACAAGAAGAGAAGGAUUAAGAGGGUGUUUCACUUAGAUUUAUGAAAAUUAAUUUUAUUUCUGUUAUAACUGUUGUAUUCAAAGUGAAAAUCUUGAGCUGCUGAAGAACAAAAUUGGUACUGUCUGUGUUUUCUUGCUAGCACAGACGACUAGUUUAAAAAGGGUGAUUUCCAACAUUUUAAUCACACUCAUGGAUGCUUAGGUGCUCAUGAUUCUGCUAAUUGUUUUUUUUUUUUUUUUUUU